UGCAGGAAUCCUGUAGACCAACCCGUGCGGUAUUACGAGGUCAGACUUACGUUGGCCCACGCUGUGCACGAUGACGGGCACCUGAUGCGGUUGGAUGAGGCUUGGAGCUUCUCAUUUCUCUUUUGCAAGGUUGUAUUAGGCGGAAAUCGUAGCAACUAUUAUUCUCUUGCGUAAGGAGUCCUACCUCCAUCACUGUAGAGCCUUCCGCCUUGUGAUACAUACGUAGUCUUUUAGAUGGUCGACAAAUUUCUUUGAUAUCGUCACCACGGGUGUCGGUAGUUCCAUGCGGAGCGAGAUGAACCUGGCAACGUGAGUUGGAUUUCUCAGGAUUGUAGAAUCUGUGUAAGGUUAGCAGCAGGAUGAGCUGUUGAAGACGUGGGAGAUAAAAGCCAUCCACCAGGGAAGCUAACAGCGGUGUUAUCUUUUGCUCCAAAAUUAAGAAGUGUAGGUGUCUAGCUUGCAGGCAGAUUAGUGCGCGGUGUUAUUACUUCAAUCUGGUGUAAGGUUCGGAAUUUGUUGAACCUGGAAAUCCGUGUGUUAAUGCUGGAAGUUUGUGCGGAAACGCUCUUCCGAAUCCAUCUAAUUUUCUUUAUAACCAUACUUCCGAAAGUUCUGUUUUGUGAUGCGCUUUGUAGAGUUCUAAGCGAACACUUCGGGUCGAUCAAUUUCCAUCAACUUUCCGUGAUUUCUGUUCCAAAUCUUGUUGCUUUCAGCUGCUAUGUGUGUAAAUCUUUCUUUGCUCUGUGACUAAUGUAUUUGAUCAGACAGUAAACCAUGAAUAGGGGACAGCGUAAGGUCAUAAAUGUGGUGAUCGCUACGUCCAUCUUCUGGAUCCUAAUCACUAGGGUCUUUUAUUCAAGGUCACUCCACGACAGAGCCUCCAUUUCUAGAUGUGUGCCUUCUGUAUUCUCUUCCAGGACGGACAGCGACAUCAGUGGAUCUUCCGGAACUCUUGCAGAUUACCGAUUCCCAGAAUUUGCCAACGACCGCGAACUUCACAAGCAUGCAUUUCGUAAAGUACUAGAUGGACCUGGUCCAGGGUCACCUAGGAUUGCCUUUCUCUUCACCGUCAAGGGACCCAUCGAGCUUGAGCCAGUGUGGAGGAAGUUUCUUCAAGGUCACGAAGAGCUAUGGAGUCUAUACGUACAUGCAAGCAACCCAGUAGACUACAAGUUCCCGCCCGGAUCGAUUUUCGAAGGCAGAGAGAUCCCUUCCAAGCCAGUGGCACGAAUCUCCAUAAGCCUGGUGGAUGCCAUCCGAAGAUUACUAGCGUAUGCCCUGGCCGACCCUCACUACAACAAUGCCUGGUUCGUCAAUGUCUGCGAGUCCACAGUCCCUGUUCGUGGCUUCCCAGCUGUGUACGAAUACUUGAUCGGAAGCAAACACAGCUUUGUGGAGGCGUUCCUACCAGAAGAGAAGUACCAACAGUGGGAUACGAUGCCAGAGUUUCCGGUUGUGCAGCUGCGGAAGGGGGAGACAUGGAUGCAAAUGACAAGAAAACAUGCCAUCAUCAUUGUAACCGACACUGAGAGAUAUGCCAAGUUCGCUGCCAGUUGCAGCUUGUGGUGCGCUCCCGACGAAGAGUAUUUUCAAACGCUGCUACAUCUUGAAGAUGUCAGUGGGAUUGCGAACCGCACUACAAUGUAUGCCAACUGGGAGGAAACACGGCCGAUCCCCGGCUCUCCGCGUUCUUACGGAUCCAGUCAAGACCUAUUUGCCUUAUUCGACAAAAUCCGAAAGAUGACUCAGGAAACCGACGGUCUGAAACAGGAAUCCGCUCUCGACAAGUCCCCAUCCAGCCUGAGACCAAUCUGCAAGUACAACGGCAUCACUAAUGCCACCUGUUUCUUAUUCGCUCGCAAAUUUGAAGCUGAAGCAACGUCUGCAAUUUUACAUGUAAUGUCCACAUUACCUGGGUUCUGAUAGUAAGAGCCGACUCUUAUCUGAGUCGCGGCGCACAUUGAAUCAGCGUGUCCCAGCGUCUACAAACCUUUCGGUCUUCCUCAUUAAUCAAGUCAGCCCUCGAAGCUCUCUGAAUGAGAGCGAGCUCGUCUUUUCCACAAUUUAAAGAUUGAAGUACUCAUUUAUUCCUACAACGCAAGUCACCUGUUAUUCCUUAUUCUCAACCACAAUAAUGCGGCACUUUCUUAACGCCUUGAGUGUGUUGUAACACAACAGUGAUUACAAACUUAGGGGUCUUCACAAGGAUGUCUAAUGUCCUAAUACCGCUCUAACCCUAAUGUGAGAUGACAUGAAAUUACGUAGGAACCAUAGUGGAAGGAUUCGUUGUGCGAUUCACGAAAUCUGAGGUGAAGAGCAUCAUCAUCCAUGCCAAUCCUAGCAGCUCCAAACUAUUCAGAGUGAAGAGCUUUCGAUCCCCCGGGGGGGGGGGGGGAGACAACAGGAAGUUGGAGCCCAGGUGCUUUCAUGAGGCAGACUCCAAGUACAUCUCUGCACCAGGAAGUCUUGUUGAGCUUCGGUGUCACCUGGCAACGCUGAGCACAGUGGGGGCAAUCCGAUUACGAAGGUAAAAAACGACCGAUCAACAUCCCAUCCAUGAUGUCCCCCCCCCCCCCAACUCCCCAUUUCCUGAUACGACGUACAUGUACUGCUCCGCCUGCUUUUCAUUCCAAUCCGUGAGCUCACAAGCCCUCACAAGCAAAGGCAUCUAACCCCCUUCAUCACAUGAAUUGACUUGAGAGUUCUUGGUACAAAGAGAGGUAGCGGCAGUGAUUGCCCCACCCAAGUGUGGCUCGAGCCUGUUCCCCCCUCCACACUCGAUGAUGAGAUUCGUGAGUGGUUCCCGCUGGCACCCCUCCCGAUUGCUUCUUUGCAGCCACCACUUCAUGGCUUGCUGGCUCUCAUUAUUUGAGGAGGUGCUCAGUGGGGCGGUGGUGGUUGUGGGCUCCAUUAUACACACACAGCAUGGCGAUCCAGAGAGGUUAUUGAGUUGAGACCCUCGUCAACCCUGUGCAGUUGUACAGAAGCUACUACUCCUACAGCAGCACAUUGGUACUUACACUGCUGCUUAACCAGCGGUGAGAUUACCAAAUCGGGAAGUACAUUAGGGUUUAGGGCUAUGCACUAGUGUUUUCAGAAACUGGGGUCCUGGAGAGGAUCUCAUCGACUCUGUAUUUGGAUCUCCCUUUUCGAAUUCUAGUUGUCUUGUUCCUCUCGCA